AUGUUAAUUGUAUGGAAAAUGACUUCUAAAUCUUUUAACUUACUAUCCAGUCUUUGUUAUUUGUAUAUAGGUUUUUUUGAGCCCUCCCCUUUGAUACUUUCAAUUUCAGUGCCAUUGUACUUACCUAGUAGCAUAGAGAUUUGUUUAUCACUAGGACUGUAUUUCAUCCCAUGGGUGUGUUACUUGGAAGUUUGGGGGUGGGGCGGUGAUGGGAGGGAGGCGGAGGGGGGUGUCAUGAUGGAUGAUAGUUCCAUGGGUUUGAUAUUGGCUGAGUUUGCAAUGGCAGGUGGAACCUUAACUAUUGAGGGAGUUUGCAGAUACCUCAGGAUUCCUGACAAUGGCUUUAAAGAUCCAGGAGAGAUGUUCAGCUACUAG